AUGUGGCCCACCUCCCCCUCCACCUCCUACCAACAUCCUCUCCGCCCUAAUCGUCCUCACACUCACAUCGAAGAGCCCAGCCCUGACUUCCCCAUCUUCCAUCCCCCACCAGGUGAUCAUGAAUUCCUCUGCGAGUACCCAGAAAUGCCAGGCUUCGUGCAAUGCUCAAUUCCAGAGAAUCGAGAAUGCUGGCUGAGACAUCCUGAUGGGCGAGAGUUCAACAUUCAUACUAACUAUGAGAACUUUGCGCCCAAGGGGAUUAUGAGGCAUUAUACGCUUAAUAUCACGGAGAGUUGGUAUAAUGCUGAUGGGCAGAACUUUACGGAGGCCAAGUUGUUCAAUGGGGAGUAUCCUGGCCCUUGGCUUGAGGCUUGUUGGGGUGAUACGUUCAAUAUUACUGUCAUCAACAGUAUGAAGAGGAAUGGUACGAGCAUUCACUGGCAUGGUAUUCGUCAGAACCAGACCAUGGACAUGGACGGUGUCAACGGCAUUACUCAGUGUCCUAUUGCACCAGGGGAUAGCUUCAACUACAUCUUCAACACGACGCAGUACGGAACGUCUUGGUAUCAUAGCCACUACUCUGUACAAUAUGCAGAUGGUCUUCAGGGUCCGAUUACAAUUCAUGGCCCUCAAUCUGCCCCUUAUGAUGCCACCAAGAGACCGCUAAUUAUGACAGAUUGGUCUCACGAGAGUGCAUUCAGACUGCUCUUCCCUGGCUCCCAAUUCUCCAACAAGACCAUCCUUCUCAACGGCGCAGGCAACGUCUCCCACUACGGCUACACCCCAACUCUACCUAUUCCCGAUAACUACGAGUUAUACUUCAACAAAACUCCAACAGAUAAGCCAAGUCGUCCCAAGAGAUACUUGCUCCGCCUGAUCAAUACUUCAUUUGACUCGACUCUCGUCUUCUCCAUUGAUAACCACUGGCUCCAAAUCGUCACGUCAGAUUUCGUCCCCAUUGAGCCGUACUUCAACACCUCGGUAUUGAUAGGUAUUGGUCAAAGGUACAACGUCAUCGUCGAAGCUAAUCCUCUGGCCGGUGAUGUCAAUGAGAUCCCGGAAGAUGGAAACUUCUGGAUCAGGACUUGGGUCGCCGAUGCAUGCGGCAUAGCCCCAGGAGGCGACGGCUAUGAAAAGACUGGUAUCCUACGCUACAACCACUCUGAUAAAGCUCUCCCUUCAUCUCAGCCUUGGGUCAACAUCAGUAAGGCGUGUUCAGAUGAGACGUAUACUUCGCUUCGACCCAAGAUUCCGUGGUAUAUCGGUCCGGCGGCCAAUGCUCAAGCAGCGGAUGGGAAUGGCGAGAGGUUCAAUGUUACUUUUGAUCCAAACGCCAAGAACACACCCGAGUUCCAGGAAGAGUACCCAGUCGCUACGUUUGGCCUUCAAAGGCCUGGUCAGAACUUUAGACCACUGCAGAUUAACUACUCUGACCCUGUCAUGUUUCACUUGGAUGAGCCGAGGGAUACUUAUCCUCCGAAGUGGGUGGUGAUUCCUGAGGAUUAUACUGAGAAAGAAUGGGUCUACUUUGUUCUCACGAUAGAAGGUAUCAGUGCUCGUACCGGCGCUCAUCCCAUCCACCUUCACGGCCAUGACUUCGCCCUUCUACAACAAGAAGAGAACCAAACCUACGACCCCAGCAGACUCAACUUGAAGCUUGACAAUCCACCAAGGCGUGAUGUCGUGCUACUGCCCCGCAAUGGCUUCGUAGUGAUUGCCUUCAAGGCAGAUAACCCAGGUAUCUGGCUGGUGCACUGUCACAUUGCACGCCAUGCUUCCGAAGGUUUGGCUAUGCAGGUACUGGAGAGACAGGGAGAUGCGAAUAAGUUAUUCCCUGCUGGCUCGCCAAAUAUGAUUGCGGCGGAGAGGGUUUGCAGGGUUUGGGAGACGUGGAUGGAUGGGGAGAAGGAUUUCUUUGAGGGUGACUCUGGUAUUUAG